AUCUAGAAAAUAGAAUACAUUUGUGGAUAACGUCGCGAUCGAGGAAAUAUAAGAUGUUACAUGUUCAAAAGUUGGCGGUAUUCUUGUCGAUAAUCCAGAUUCGUAUUAUGCAAAUACAUUCUCAUACAGUUAAGUAUUUUCGGUAAAUAACGCUCCCUUGCGCUUUGAUUGAAACUGUAACAUGUCUCGACUAAGACUAAGGCAAAUGUUCCAGCAAUUGAACUUUGUUCCAAUUGAAGUAUUAAUAAUAUAUUUGUAUUUAAUAUCUCUAAAAAAGAGCUUUCGAUAUUUUGUUAAAAAAGAUAUUUCUUUACAUCAGUUUAUAAUAUUAUAAGAUAUAAAGUUUCAUAUAAACCUUAGUUUUGUUAGUGAUUUAUUAUUUAUUAACAAAAAUGUAAAACUAAUCGUGCUUUCUUAUUAGUUUAAUCAUGAUCACAUUUAUCUUAGGAUAAUCAUAUAUUGCAGAUAGAUGUACGGGACACGAAAGUUUAUGAAAUCGCUUUGGACGAUAUGAAUUAUGAUGAGGAGAGUGAGAACGAGAUGAUUAAAUCGGCAGACCUCGCGGACCUGAAGCCUCUGGUGGAGGAUGAAAGCAAGUACAGAGCGUUACAUUCCCAUGUGAAAUAUUACAAUGAGCGUAAUACUGAGGAUAGAAAGCGACUUUCCAACGUAUUUCCUUAUCUGCGACCGUAUGCAAAGGAGACGUUCGAUUUUGAACAAGAAGAGAAACCAUUUAUCGCCGGCUUUAAGCAUGAAUUGGACAAAGUAAGAGUUUUACUAUUGUUCAAAAAAAUUUUUAAUACAAAUUCUUUAUAGAAUCUACUUAAACUUCUUCAAACCAGCUUUCUUAUACAGCU